GCCUGAUAGAGGCUCUGCUGCAACAGGACUUCACUUCCUCCGGAGCCCCGGGCUGUGCUGGGAGACCGGCAGACCGCAGCCUGCCCAGAGAGUCCCCCCUUCCCCCAGCCCCCGCCCCCCAAGUGACCAGCCGCCCCGAGGCGUCCAGACCUGGCAGCCCAGCAUCCGCGGUGGAGGAGCAGGUGAGCCCAAAAUGGGCUGUGUGCAGUGCAAGAAGAACUCAGAGGUGGGAACCAAAGGAGAGGCUUCAGGAAGCAGCGAUGGCACCGGCGGCUUUGCGUUCAGAGAUCGCUAUGGCCCCGACCCCACCCAGACCCACCCUCCCAUCAGCACCACCCGCAUCCCAGACUACAACAACUUCACCCCGAGCCCAGUCACUUCCACUUUCAUGAGCACCAGCGGGCUUCGGCCAGGAGCCAUCUCAGGCGGCGCCACCCUCUUCAUCGCGCUGUAUGACUACGAGGCUCGGACCAGUGAGGACCUCUCCUUCAGCAAGGGCGAGAAAUUCCACAUCCUCAACAGCGCCGAAGGUGAUUGGUGGGAAGCGAGGUCUCUGAGCUCCGGGCUCAGCGGCUACAUCCCCAGCAACUAUGUGGCCCCCAUGGACUCGAUCCAGGCGGAAGAGUGGUACUUUGGGAAGAUUGGGCGGAAGGAUGCCGAGCGAUUGCUGCUGACCAAAGGAAACCCCCAGGGAGCCUUCCUCAUCCGGGAGAGUGAGACCACCCUAGGUGCUUAUUCCCUCUCCAUCCGAGACUGGGAUGAGGUCAAGGGUGACCACGUGAAGCAUUACAAGAUCCGCAAAUUGGACAGCGGCGGCUAUUACAUCACCACCCGCACCCAGUUUGACACCGUGAGAGAGUUGGUGCAGCACUACAUUGAAGUCAAUGACGGUCUGUGCCACCUGCUGACCAAGGUGUGUGUGAACAUGAGGCCGCAGACCCUGGGCCUGGCCAAGGACGCCUGGGAGAUCGCCCGUGAAUCCAUCAGCCUGGACCGCAAGCUUGGCAUGGGCUGCUUUGGGGAUGUUUGGAUGGGAACGUGGAAUGGCAGCACCUUGGUGGCGGUGAAGACUCUGAAGCCGGGCACCAUGAGCCCGGAAGCCUUCCUGGAGGAGGCUCAGAUCAUGAAGCAGCUGCGACACGACAAGCUGGUACAACUGUACGCGGUGGUGUCCGACGAGCCCAUCUACAUCGUCACCGAGUACAUGAGUCAUGGGAGCCUACUGGAUUUCCUCAAGGAUGGUGAGGGCCAGCGGCUGAGACUGCCCCAGCUGGUGGACAUGGCAGCCCAGAUUGCGGCGGGCAUGGCGUAUAUCGAGCGCAUGAACUACAUCCACCGGGAUCUGCGAGCGGCCAACAUCCUGGUGUCAGAUGCCCUCGUCUGCAAGAUCGCCGACUUUGGACUGGCACGCCUCAUCGAGGACAAUGAGUACAAUGCCCGACAAGGAGCCAAGUUCCCCAUCAAGUGGACAGCGCCCGAGGCCGCGCUCUUUGGCCGAUUCACCAUCAAAUCAGACGUCUGGUCCUUUGGGAUCCUGCUGACUGAGCUGAUCAGCAAAGGCCGGGUGCCUUAUCCAGGGAUGAAUAACAGGGAGGUGUUAGAGCAAGUGGAACGGGGUUACCGCAUGCCCUGCCCCCCGGGCUGCCCACCUUCGCUGUAUGAGAUGAUGGAGCAGAGCUGGCGGGCCGACCCUGAGGAGCGGCCCACCUUCGAGUACCUGCAGGCGUUCCUGGAGGACUACUUUACUGCCACGGAGCCCCAGUACCAACCUGGAGAUGCCCCCUGACCCCUGACCCCAACCCCACCCGGCCCGUUGCAUACAGUCGUCCCCGUGGGGUCAGGGGAGUAGGACUCCCCGCCAGACUGCGCCUCUGCCUGUCCCCCAACCAGACCCUGCUAAGCCCUCGACACCAGCCGCAGGGCUGGGGUGUGGGGCUGUGGGGAACCAGUCUGAUCUGCCCCCUGGCUCAGUCUCCAAGUGGCCAAGCUAGAAGCCCCGGCUUGACUGAUGGGUACAUUGCUCAGGCUCCUGGAUCAGCCUCUCCUGCCCUUGCCCAUGCCCUGCCUCUGUUCUACCCAAGUCCCAUCCUGCCUCGGCUCUGAUCAGUUGCCCCCUCCCCAGCCUUCUGCCUUGUUAUUUAUAAAGUUGUGUUUCCCUGCUGUCCUCCAACCUUCCCUGUCCUCCUCCACCACC